CAGGGGAAAAAUGGCCAAAAAAAGAAAGCAGCAAAAUUCAGAUAAAAAAAAAGUAUUUUUUUUAGAGAGAGAGAGGGAGGGGUUUAAGGAGAAAGGGUUUAACAAUAGCCGACCAUGGGAAACCUUCUUUCCACACCUCCACCAAACCCUAGCGACAGAGCCACCACAACCAUGGAUUCUUCACCAAACCAAUUACCCCAAAACCAACAAAACCCCGAAUCAUUGAAAACCCUAGAAGACGCACAAAACCCAGUCGUACAACAAGAAGAAGAAGCCGCCUCAGAUCCCCCUCCAAUAGACGACUCGUCAAAAUCAACAGAAAAAGACCAAGAUAGUAGUACUGUCAACGAAGAGGAAGGGGGAGGGGAAGAAGAAGAAGAAGGUGAAUGUGGGUUUUGCCUGUUCAUGAAGGGCGGCGGGUGCAGGGACAGCUUCACCUCUUGGGAGAAGUGCAUCGAGGAGGCUGAGAAGGACGGCGAGGACAUCAUCGACAAGUGCGCCGACAUCACCGGAGCUCUCAAGAAGUGUAUGGAGGCCCAUUCGGACUACUACGCCCCGAUCCUCAGGGCUGAGAAGGCCGCCGAGGAGGAGGCUAUUAGGGAAUUGGAGAAAGAGAAGGAUAAAGAAUCUGCUUCAGGGUCGGAGGAGGCUGUUAGGGAAUUGGAGAAAGAGAAGGAUAAAGAAUCUGCUUCAGGGUCGGAGGAGGCGAAAAUUGAAGCUUCUUAAUUGGGGGGAUUUUGGUUGAUUUGGGUUAGUCAAUGAUAUGGGAGCUUUUUGUUUGGAAGGUGCUACAAAAUUGAAGGAUUCUUUUCUUUGAGGUAAUUAAAAGGAAACUACUAACUAGUGAUAAUUUGGAAUAAGAGUAUGGAAUAUAUGAUCAAUACUUGAAUUGCCUGCCCUGUUCACAUUGGUGAAAAAUUGUCUGUGAUGACAACUUGUUUUGUAUCAAACAUGGGUACUAACUGUUGAAAGAAUGGGCUGAUUUUGUUGGA